GCAGUAAGCAGUAGCAACAGCACGAGUCGUUGUGUGUCUCAGUCUCGCCGUGAAAAUUCGUAAGUGGUCCGCGUGACAGUUGUCUGGAGGUUACGUUUACAAGCCGGACGAUGAUGUCAAAGAGUUGGUGUCGCGUGAUUCGCGCGAGAUCGAACCAUUCAUCGAAUUGUCAGUGAAUCAUUACGUUCGUUGUUGGUUUUUUCUUUGUCGGUGCAAGCUUCUCUCUCUCUGUUGGCCAACAGGGAUAAUAGGCCGGGCCUAUCAGUACAGUAGGAAAAUGGCGGCUUGCCUUGCGCGAUGUAGACGAUGAGAGGCAACGAGGUUCUUGGCGUGAAGCGCUUGAACACAUUACGAAAAAAAAGUAACCUUUCGUUUUAUUGUCAAUUGUUCGCAGUGUAAAGUGUGUGGAGUUGGUGUUCGAUCAUCGGCGCGGUGAACGAAAAACACAAGAGAGAGAGAGAGUGGGAGAGGUUAAGAAAAAAAAAGGAGGGACCUUGUUAGCGCGAACACCACGAGUUACGAGAUGAGAGUGAGACGUGAGGAAGAACGAAGGAAAAAUAACACGAGAGCCGAGUAACGAAGAACCACUGUGCAUUCAGUUUGUGUACGCGUGUGUGCUCGUAUGAGAGCGAGAGGCGAUCAACGGUGACAAGUGUUCCGUCGACGGGGAACUUGGCCUUAGCCCCACGUCGACAAGAAGAUGAUAUUCUGGGUAUCAAGAUACCGCCGUGGCUACGUCGACCGCGAUCCUCGUGUCGCCGUUUGCUGUCGUCGCCAUUGAGCUGCGGCUGCUUUCGCGAAAAUUUGUUUUUUCGCGAGAGGAUAGCGAGGCCGUGGACGACGAGAACAACGACGAGGACAACAACGACGACGACGACGACGACGACGAGGACGACAACGACGACGACGACGACGACGACCGCCACCAUCACUAUCACUAUCACUAUCACUGUCACUAUCACUAUCGCUAUCGCUAUCACUAUCACCAUCACCAUCAUCACCACCGCAACCACCACCACCUCCACUACCAACGAUCACAAGGAAAACUCGAGGGAAGAUGAGAGGCGCGUGCGACGGCGGCAUAGCGAGCUUUCUCGCUCUGGCGCUCCUCUAUUUAUUCCACACGUCAUGCAUUGUGGACGGACUGUUGAAGUGUUAUUGCGAUAUUUGUACGGACACCAAUCACACGUGCGAAACCGAUGGUUAUUGUUUCGCGAGCACCAGCUUGGAGAAUGAUAUGACCACAUAUGCCCGGAGGUGUUAUGAUAAGGUGCGCUUCUUCCCGGCGCCCGAAUACUCAGUCUGGUGCAAAGCGAAUAACACGCUACACGGUCCAGGUGACGUGGAAUACGCGGUCGCCUGCUGCGACCACUCCGACUUCUGCAAUCGCGACCUAAGGCCCUCUUUUACUCCUCGCGAGUCCAGAGGUGGGCCAUACUUCCGACUCGUCGAUUACCUCGAACGAGUGCGGUCGGGUGGCGAUGACACGGCGUGGGUCACUUGGAAAAUGGCCUUGAUGAUAGCAAUGCCAAUAUGCGUGAUCUGCGUGGUGGUUAUGGUCAUUUAUCACGUGCGUAAGACCCCAGAAAGGCCAGGAAAUAGCGAUGAUUCGCAGGAGGCACCAGAUCGACCCAUCCUGGGUGGUGUUACCAUCAGGGAUAUGCUGGAAAUGACUACCAGUGGUAGUGGCUCAGUAGGCCUGCCGCUUCUGGUACAGCGAAGCAUAGCCCGCCAGAUUCAGCUGGUGGAGACAAUUGGAAAAGGUCGCUUCGGCGAGGUCUGGCGUGGUCGUUGGAGAGGUGAGAACGUUGCCGUGAAGAUCUUCAGCUCGCGUGAAGAAAGGUCUUGGUUCAGGGAGGCCGAAAUUUAUCAGACGGUUAUGCUCAGACACGAUAAUAUCCUCGGCUUCAUCGCAGCUGAUAACAAAGAUAAUGGUACGUGGACCCAGCUGUGGUUGAUCACAGAUUAUCACGAGAAGGGUUCGCUGUUCGAUUAUUUGAACAGAUCGACCGUUGAUACGAACGGUAUGAUCAGGAUGGCUCUGUCGAUUGCCACCGGGUUAGCGCAUCUUCACAUGGAGAUCGUCGGCACGCAAGGGAAACCAGCCAUCGCUCACAGGGAUCUCAAGUCGAAAAAUAUCCUCGUGAAGACGAAUGGCACAUGCGCGAUCGGCGAUCUUGGAUUGGCCGUCAGACAUGAUGUAAUAACAGACACCGUCGAUAUCCAGCUAAAUAAUCGGGUGGGCACUAAGCGGUACAUGGCACCUGAGGUUCUCGAAGAGACGAUAAACAUGAACCACUUUGAUUCCUUCAAGAGGGCUGACGUGUACGCUCUCGGGCUGAUCCUCUGGGAGAUCGCAAGGCGAUGCAACGUCGGCGGAAUUCACGACGAAUAUCAGCUGCCGUUUUACGACUUGGUGCCUUCUGAUCCGACGAUCGAAGAGAUGCGUAAGGUUGUGUGUACCGACAGACAGAGGCCAUCGAUACCGAAUCGGUGGCAGUCGAUCGAGGCGUUACAAGUGAUGUCGAAGGUGAUGAAGGAGUGUUGGUAUCACAACGCGGCAGCUAGGCUGACCGCGCUUAGGAUUAAAAAAUCCCUCGCAAACUACGGUGCGAUGGAGGACUUGAAGUGAAACGAGGAGAAUCAGCAGGUCGUCGAAAUGACCGGAAUACUAGAAGUGCUCGAAACAUACUUGGACAUUUACUUUAAUUGUAAUACUUUUAUCGCAAUAACACUUUUAAGUGCCGUGUUACUCCGCGAGUGAGCGAGAGAAAGAGAAGGGAGAGAGAGAGAGGAGAGAGAGAGAGAGAGAGCAUGGGAAAAAGAGCGAAAAAGAAAGAGAUAAGACAUUUGGUCGAAAGUGAGAAAUUCUAAUAGUUGGAUCAAAGAGCCUAACGAAAGACUGGUUAAAAAGAUAUUAAAAAAAGCGAAAAAAUCGGACAAAAAAAAAAAGAAAUAAAUGAAAUGGAGGUGACGUUCCUUUGAUCGCGUUGACUUGGUCGAGUUGUAACCCUAAUUUCAAGUUUCAGAUUGUACGUAUAAGGUAGCGGAAUAAUUCUAUGUAAAGAAGUCGUAGUCGGGCAACUGAAAGGACGUCUUGUUUUAAAAGAUAAAGGAAAGAAAAAGUAAUAAAGCACGUUAGGGAGCAAUGGCUAACAGAAACAUGGACAGGGUUGGUGAUGAAUGUCCAAAAUGAGAGAAUAUCAGGGCGUUCAGUUCCUGACGAUCGAUCGAUCGAUUGAUUGAAACGGAAUAAAUAAACAUGCGUAAAGUGUUCGGUUAAUCGAAUAUGAUAUCGUGCCUGAUCACAUGUCACACACUUCUGCUGUAUAUUUAUUAAUAGUAAUGAUAAGAUAAUGACGUAUAUAAAUUAUUGAGUAAUAUUAAUGAAUAUUAUUGAGUAAUAUUAAUAAAUAUUAAUAAAUUUGUAUAUUAAUAUAUACACAUAUAUGUAAUUACGUAUAUUCGUUGUUGGGCGAUCCGAUUCGAUUAACCGAAGUAAUUUGUUCGUCGACUAGUUUGUAAUGGCAAUCAUUUCAGCAAGAUGAUUAAAAAAUUAACUAUCGAAUUCGAUUGACCGAUCGACAAUGAUUAUUCCUGACAGGUGGACCUUCCUCGUCCAGCGUAUGGGUUGAGACGACUUCACGAGAAAAUAAUGGCCUCCGCGUCACAAUUUCAUAUGUUUUCGCUCUUUUCCUUAUACAUUUUAUACAUAUAUAGUUUUCUUACUUUAUUCAAAAUUUACACAUAGUGUCAUAUGGAUUUAUUCGCCUAUUUUACCGGUGCGUGCAGAGACUAAGUUUCUUUUUCCUUCUUUUAUGGAAGCGUAUCCAUACACAUCAUGUUAGAAAAAAAAUGCAUAUCCUUAUUUCUCGUUCUUGCGAUUAGACAGAGUCGAAUAUUUGCAUCGAUUCUGUACAUAUAUACAGGGUAGUUAGCAAGAGCCGAACAAUUUAUGGUUGUCGAAUAGACACGUCACACAGAAGUAUACGUGAUUUUGUUUUUGUUUGUAAGAGAAGCUAUAAUCGAGAUGAAUGCUUAAACAAAAGAAACAAAACUACUAGUAUUCUUUAUUUAGCAUUUUUUACGUGAUCUUUUAUUCAACAGAAACAAACAAUACCUUUUACAUAUAGGUAUCCUUUUCGCAGCGGUAAAUUUCCAAUUGUUCUCAAAGUUUUUACAACGAAUGACAUUUUCUACUAUUUGGUUUGGUUCGUUAACCGGAUAUUACACACACACGUACACAUAUACACACAUCUGAUACGACUACACGUAUUCUUAGCGUUAGACAUACCCAGAUGUUUUGCUCAAGACGAAAUAUUUUUGCGUAUUAAUCGUGAUACGCGAGCUGAAGGCGGUGCGUCAUGAUACGCGGGACUUUCGAAGCGUGUUUCCUUUGUAACACAGGAAGGCUGAAAUUAAAGGGUGCUAAGCUCAAGAAUGAAUGUUCGUUUACGUAUGAAAGGUACAGACUGAGCAACUGCGGAAUAGAAGAUAGAAAAUGGAAGAAGAGACAGACUGCGAACCUACGACUGAAAGGUAGCGAAAAAGAGAGUUUUAAAAGAGAACAAAGAGGACAAAUGAAAGCAAAUUGAUACAGAAAAAAAGAAAACAAAGAAAAACAUUGGAGAAACUAUAUUUUCGUGAAUUUUUUCAUGGAUCGAUGAGAAAGGGAAGCAUAGAGAAAGAGAGAGAGAGAGUGAGAGAGAGAGAGAGAGAGAGAGAAAGAGAGAGAGAGAGAGAGAACGAUGCUGAUGCUUCAAUUGCGAACGCGUGUUCUCCUUGAAUAUUGUUAAUUAUCGCUCCGACUUUUUCAUGAGUGAUAUUUUAUACGUUUCCUUUAGAUUCGCAUUUUGAGGAGCAAGGUAAAAAUAUUCAUAAUUGUAACACGCGUUCCUAUGUGCCGCGGUUCCCGAAAAGCAAUCAUGAGAGACAGAGUUGUGCACGUAUUUGUUACAUAGUGAAAACGAGCGAGUAAUAUGGAAAUAUGCGUAUGGUAUGUCUCUACGAAGCUAAAUUGUGUUUAACGACCACUCGUCGCGGCUCCAAAGAAGGCUGAUUGAUUUGGUAAUGUUAAAUAAGAAGAAAAAGGGAAAAGAUAAUUAAGGACGUCAAACUUCCUUCGACGGAGGUACAUGGUUAUGUUAUCGUAUAUUAUCGUGAAACAGAGCCGACACAUUCGGAAAAUGGAAAAUGGACACAAGAAAGCAUAAUUGGAACCGGACAGGAAAGAACAUGAAGUAACAAGAACGAUAGUAAAUAGUGUGUAAGAGAACACCGAGAAAAAAGGGAAAAGGUAAAUCGAGUCAUUGUCAUCCAAUAACCAGCGUAAAAGUCUACAAACUUGCGAUUAAUUAUGGUAUAAUUAAUGGAGGGUCCUUCGAUAUACACAUAAUUGUAUUUUUAUAUUGUUUUUUUUAUUAACUGCGUUCCUGAAAGGGAAAGUUCAACGGAUUUUUCUCUUUUGUUUUUUUAAAAGGAACUUUAUAAACCAUUCGAAACCCAGCUGCUACGACCCUUUUAUUACGAAAAAACAAAGGAAAAAGAAACAAUCACAACGUCGAUGACUCUUUUUUUUUUCUUUGGAAGAAAAGCGACAUCGACAGUAAGAAUACUGAUGUACGAUCCAAUUAAAAUUUGUGUAUAAACGAUACAAAUCUCUUAUAAAGGUGGGAACAAGACGUAUCUCUAGAAUAUUUUGUCAAUAAACAAAUUAAUAAAAUUCGUUUCUCUUCGACGACCGACGAUGAGAUUCUUCUCGUAAUUCAUCGAUCGAGCGUUACCGACCGGAGAUGCGUUUAUUCGUAGCGACAUCGUGAACGCUGCAAUUCACCAAAAGACUGAACGAUUUAAUAUUGUUCGAUUAUAGUAAGUAAACUAUUUUACAUAAUCCACGAAAGAGAAGGAAAAGGAGAUGAUACAAUAGCUGUUAACCUCGUGACGUGUUCCGCGCGUGCAUCCGGCUCCUGGCUCGCUGUCCGUUUUUUCUUUUUAAAUGAACGAAUGCUUCUUCGGUGUGGGACCGCAUUUUUUCCAUCGACGUUCUUCUCGUACACAUUCCUAUUACGACGUAGGUUAAUUUAUGAUAUUAUAAAUAAUAACAAUACAUACAUAGAAUUACUGUGGGUCAAUGUAGUUCCACCAACAAAUUCACUCAGAACUUAUUUGUUAAAACGCGUUUGAAAGAAUCACCUUGUCGUGGAACUUUAUCGACGGUAACGUGUUUUCACAGAUGUUUCCAUAUUACUAGUACAAUUUUGUGCCAAUAAGAGAUAUCGAGUUUUAAUUAAAGUGAGUGAGUGAGUGUGUGAGUGAGUGAGUGUGUGAAUGAGUGAGGGAAUGAGAAGUGAGUGAGUGAGUGAGUGAGUAAGUAAGUGAGUGAGUGAGUGAGUGAGUGAAAGUGAGAGUGAAUGAGUGAGUGAGUGAGAAUAAGUGAGUGAGUGAGUGAGACCAAUAAUGAUAUAAUGUGUACAGAAUAUUCUCGUACGCGUCUAUAACUACGUGUUUGCGCACUCUUACAUACGUAGAGACGUUCGUUGAAGGAAAAAUAUCUUUGAUUUAACUUGUUAAAGCCUCACAUGUUACCAGUGCUUUUUCUUACUGCCCCAUUUUAUAAACACGUUUUAUAAAAAGUGUUACUCUAGACUUUAGACUGAAAAGAUUUUAUCAAGAAUAGAAGAUGAAUUAUAGGGGGUCCGAAAAAACGUUGUGUUAAAUUUCGUAGGGGUAUAUGAUAUGUAUCGUACUUAUCGCAGUAAACGUUUAAUACCAUAGAUAAAUUAAUUAUACAUGAUAUAUUCUUUUAAUUUUAAAUAAUAUUACAUAUAAAUAGGCUAAACUAAAAUGCUUUAUAACUCUAAACAAAAUAAUUUUUAAACUCUUUUUUUUCGAAGUAUCUACACAAUGUUAUCAAGUCACUAUAACGACCACUACAUAUUUUUAUUUAUAACAGGAAACAAAAUCACUUUUAACAUUUUGACUGCCACGCCAAAAUCACAUGUUUCGCGCAGGACGCCACCGGAGUAUUUUUAUUGUUCAAAGCAUAUAAUGGCAAAAUAAUAAUAAAUUGAUGAUGUAAGACAACAUUCUUCCCCAAUGGACCGUUUAUCUUAUUGGUGGUCACGGGUGACCACCGUGGCGCCUUGGUAACAGUUGAUAGCGACAUAUUAUAACAAGGCUUCGUUUAUUUCAACAAAUCAUUCGCAUUCGUUAUUUCGUCGUAAGCAAAUCGUCCAGAAUAUAUUGCUGAAACGUGUAGAAGUUAUUAGUAAACAGUAUUUGCUCAUUCUAUAUACAGGGUGGUUGGUAACUGGUGGUACAAGCGGAAAGGGGGUGAUUCUGCGCGAAAAAAGAAGUCGAAAAUAUAGAAUAAAAAUUUUUCGUUUGAGGCGUUGUUUUCGACAAAAUCGACUUUGAAUUUUCGCUCGGUACGCGCGCAUUUUAUCACGUCUCGUUAUAACGGAUCUCACUGCAGAUCGUUGUCUCGAUGGAAAAAUUAAAAAAAAAAAUUUUUAUUCUAUGUUUUCGACUUCUUUCUUCGCGUAGAAUCACCCUCUUUCCGCUUGUACCAACGGUUACCAACCACCUUGUAUAAGAGUAAAGUAUGUUCACACUUCACUAACUUUAAUUAUAUGAUUAUAAAGCAGAAUUUACGAUUAUUUUCUAAGGUGUGUUUAUAAUAAUAUUCGUAGAUUUCCCCUCAAAGAUAUGGACGCAAACAGUGCACCGUUAGAUACAAGAUUUGUUCUCAUUUUUCUUUUAUUGAUGUUCUAAUAAGAAUGUUUAAUUGUUCAAUGGGGCACUUUUUAUUUCAAAGCAUCUUCUAUUUAUCGGUUACAUUCAGAAUGCCCUAACUGUCAAUUUUCAUUCAAUUUUUACAAGUGUAAGAAGUUCAAGCGCUCCGGUCACCAAUGACCACCGUGGCGUCACAGGAGAAACCAUGGCCAUAUGUGACCAACGUGGCAGUCAAAAUGUUAAACACGUUUUUAUUCGAAGAAUUUUUUAAAAGUUACCUGCCACUAUAUAAGCGUCGUUGAUCUUUGUUGUUUAUAGCAAGCUGUUUCAAAAAUCCCAUAUAUUUGUGCGAUUAUUAUCGAGUCGAAUCUCCAAUUUAGAUUCUAAUUAAAGAGUAAGAAUAAUAGUAUCGAUCCUGUGUCCAUUCCGUCGUGUUCAGACUCAAUCAGGAACUUUUGUCGAGCACUCCUGUUAUAGAUAUGAUCUCCAUAUCUCCCGCCGUUACAUUUUCUAAGCAAUUUUCGUGGUCGAUGACGUUUCAAGAGUCGAGGAUAAAAGGACAUCGUCACCUGGGUCUCGAAAUAGCGAACAGUCUGAUUCAUAUCCGACGAAAUGCCAAACUGCCAAAUAGUAUAUUUUACACCCUAACUCUCCCAACCCUCCCCCUGUAACGCUCUUCUUUGCUCCCUUACCGCUUAAUAAGCGCUCCCCAACUCCCUACUCCUCGAUUUGUACAAAACAAGAAGGUGAAAGAGAGAGAGAGAGAGAGAGAGAGAGAGAGUGAGAGAGAGAGGAAGGAAAGUGUAAUAAAUAGUAAAAGAUAAAAAAAAGAAGAAAGCGCAAAGUGUGCAAAACGUAGAGUGUAAACCUGUAUCGUGUUAGAAUGUGAGAAACCUGUACCUUCGAGGCGAUGCUAGAGAUGUCUAGCACCGUCCGCUUUUAGUUUAAAGCCGUGUUCCAUCUUUUUCAGUUCGUCAGUUGCGUGCAGUUUAGCAACGAUGCAUAUACAUCGGCGAUUACUAUCGGAAAGAUUUUUAAGGAAAAGGAAAACAAUUUUUUAAUUUUUCGUUGCGUCGCGUCGUUUCAAUUGAACGUUGGAUGUUGACGUGUUGAUCGAAAUAUUAAUUCCUUGAAAUUGUUGUAAAAUUGCCUUGGGAGUGUUUUAAAAAUAAUCUUUGUAAUUUUUAUAAAAUGAUUGUUGGAUUUUUUUGACGAUAACGUUUGUCUACGUUGACUACAGAUAUUUUUAUUAUUUAACGAUUUUAAUAAUGAUAAAUUUAUUGCUUUGGAAUUGAGGAGGUCCUUUACUCUUUUAUUUUAAUAUUCCUAAUAAUUAGUAGAUAUACUGCUUUCAAGUUUAUUUUUAUUACUUUGAAACUUGUUUUUUAUCGCCUAGAGUUAUAUGAAUAUCCUAUUAUAAUAUACAAUUAUAUACAAUAAUAUACAAUUCUAUACAUUAGUCAACACGUCAACGCGUAUUUUAUAGUGUUAUUGUAAUUUUUAAGUGUUAAUCAACGUGGAUGUUGGAACGUCGCUGUGAUUCUACUCAGCUUUUAUAAUUGCGUUGUGUUAUCACAUUUUGCGUCAAUCAACUACAUACCAAAUUAACGCCGAUUAACGUUCGCAUUAUAUUUGCAAUUCAAUCUUUUCGUGAGAAAGAAAGAGAGAGGGAGGAGUUGGCAUAUGUUGGCGUGUGUUGAAAAUACACGUGUGUAGAUUUAUUCCUGCGUCCUUUGCUUUACGUUACCACUCAUUUGUUUUUUUAUUAACGAUACGACCUUUUGUUUUCUUAGUGGUAGUAAAUUCGUUCCACCCCAUACUUUUUAUUUCUAUUUUCAUACGAGUUUUAACACGAGUUUUAACUCCGCGAAACAAAUCGUUUUUUUUUUUUGAGAUUUUUUUAUUAUUUUCUAUGAGGGUACACCUUUUCUUAACACUAAAUCUACCGACAUUUUGUGUAUAUCUAUUCCUAUCGUGUGUGGUCAAAAUGACCGGCGAUUAAAGAAGUAAUAGUUUUUAUGAUUUAACUUAGAUAAUGGUUAAUUUAUAACUAAAUGUAUAUAAAAUGUUGAACUUUCACAAAAUUUCGUCCAAAUUUACUUUUGUUUAAUUCAAUCAUAGACUUAAAUAGAAUUACACUUUUAUUUAUAUAGAGAUAUAUCUUAUUCAACUUUGCUGCAUUUUUUACAAAUUAUCUUAUUAUCAAAUGUACAUUUGCCGCAUAAAUAUCUCCCGCAUCUUAAACAAAUUUUCGUAAUUUUGUAACCUUUACAAUCUUCUACGUGACAAGUUUUUUGUAGUAAUGAAUCUGAACUUGUUGAUAGUUUCAUUGCAUGAUUUUUUCCCCACGAUUUCUUAUGUAAAAGUAAUGUAUGCACUAGGUUUAUAACAAUUUUGUGAAUUUUCUGUAAAUUGGCCCCAUACUGUAGAUACCAUUGCAAAUUUAUUGGUUCAUAAACGCUGGCUUUUUUCGUUCUUAUCAAAUCGUAUAAACCUCAUAAAGUCAGCAAAGUCAUUCCUGCUCAUUGUUUUUAAAAAAAAUGCAGGCCUCCAAAUUUUAUUUCACAAAUAUGAGACAUCUAAAUUUUUUGCCUGAUAUGCACCGCGGGCAUAUAGCAGAGCAAUAAAUGCAUCUAGUUUUGUUGCAUCUAGCUCCCUCUUAGUCCCCAAUACUCUAAAUGCUUCUGUACAUUUUAUUAUAUGAUCCCUUAUACGAUGAUCAAUAAUAAGAUAAAAUGCCGUUUUUACUUGUCCUUUCAUUAUAUGUCGUUUAGCAUAUUCCUAAAAAUAUUAUGCCAGGUUUGGGACUUGCAUCUAUUUCUUUCCAAACUGUUCCAUCGGACCCAGUUUCACUCUCUGCUGUCAAUGAUAAUUUCUUUCCUUUUUGCCCUUUUCUAGGGUAAAUAUUUAUCACAGAAUAAUACUAUGUGCGGAAUACAAAAUUAUUGUCAAAUUUGAUAUGCUUUACUUUUAUAACAACUUUACACAAAAUGCUCUGAGAUGCUUCCUGUCUGAGUUUUAGAGAUAACAAGUUUAGAUGUCUAAUUGACUAACAAACCGAGAUGUAUUCUAGUCGAAAAGACGAUAGCAAGUAAAAAUAUGAUCUGUGACGGCGAUAUUUAUACGAAAAUAUUGAUGAGUAUUGACCGUUCUCCACCAACGGUUACUCGAAGGUGGAGUUGGGAAAGCUUUCCCCGUGUUUUAUAGCAAUGAGCAGUAAUCCUAAGAAACUUCUCCACUUUUAAAAUGUUUGUAACAAUGGACUGUAAAAAAUGCUAAAUUUUGUGGCGGUUCCUUAGAAUUAUUAUGGGCCUGAGUUGAUAUGUUUGACAGCUGGUGUCUAUCUUGAUCGAGGGAUAGAUUGUUUUAUGACAAGAUUGCGGGUGCAACAGCUGUUAUUAUUUGUUAUUUCUGAUUUUGUUUGUCAUCUGACCUUGAGAUAGGCUUUUAUUUGUACUGAUUGCAUUUAUUUUAAGAAUAACUAACAUAUUUUGUCGGGCGGUCGAAAUAACCGCUUACGGUAGGCAAGGCAGAGUACAAAUUUUUCUCAUCAAAUAAAAGAGCAAACUAAAAUUAAAUACCGAAAAAUAUAUUGUAUGCAUGUUUUAGGAAAAGUCAGAAAUUAUGAAGCGAUAUGAUAAAGCUUAAAUAUGGUUAAAUUUGUGCAGAAGUCGCAUAGCGGUCAAUUUGACUGCGCCGGUAGAUUUAGUGUUAAUCACGCGAAAAUUCGAUGUUGCAUUUCGAGAUUCGUAUUAUACGCUUGUAUCCUCGCUUCAUAGAUUAUAUUUCCCUUUCUGUUGUUUCAUGUUUGUGCGUGAAAAUUUGUCUCUCUUUAUUUCAGCAGAUAGUCAAAUUUCUUUUUUUGCUUGUUGCGAAAGAACGGAAAUGCGUAAGACACGUAACUAUAAUCUUGUUUUCUUGGUUUAAUCUUGUUGUUUUAUUGAAAAGAAGAAGAAAUUAAAAAAAUAUCUGUACCUACCAUUAUUAGGAUUAAUUGUAAUAAUUAUUAUUUUAUUAUAACUUCAUUAUUACCGUAGCGGCGAUCUUUCUGUUUACCGUCAUUCUUUUCCCAAUGUAUUAUAUCCUGUACAUAACGGUGUAAAUGUUAAUCAACGACUUACAUACGAUAGGGUGAACACUUGUAACUUUCAUAAUGACGAAAGGGUGGAUUGGUGGAUGGUGUACUUUCUUUUGUUUUUCUAGUUUCACGUAACGUAUGUUUGUAACAGACAUGUUUUAUUCCAAUCUGAUUCGUACGAUUGCGAUUAGAAAACAUAAACGUGUCGCUAAAUUACAAAGCAACUUGAUUAUAUCGACUGGAUAAUUGAGUUCUUUUUUCUAGAGUGUAACAAAAUCAUCGAUCGUAGAAGUUGGAUAAGAACGACUAGGUUGAAAUAGAUAUACGACUAGAUAAAAAAGAUUGUAUAUAAAAGAUUAUUUAUUAUUUUACGAUGCUUAUAUUUAUUCUAAUUCUGUUAAUCGACUUAUUCGAAUUUCUUUUAUAGCUGAUAUCCUUAAUUUUUGAGAUAAUUUAAUGUUUCAAAAUAUUAUUGACAAAAUCUGUUUUUAUUCUAGGUGAUGAAGUAUAUAUUUUAUGUAUAAUAGUGCUCCCUUAAAUUUUUCAAUGAAUUUAGGAUCGAUUUUAAUAUCAAUAAUAAAAAGCAUUUUCCUAAACUAUGGUUUGAAAGUAAUAUUAUAGCUUAAACUUCUCUAUAUUCUUGGUUUUUAAGUCGUUUAAAUUUCCUGUUCCAAAAAUUAAAAAUUUUAACAUUUAUGAUAAAAAAUCUACUACAGCAAAAUUUUAAUUCUAUCGAUUUAAUAAUUCAUAUAUUUAUGUCAUUUUGUUGAGUAUAACACAUUAAUCAGAUAAUUUAUAAUUACACUUUUAUAGUUAUAGUACUAUUAUCAAACUUAUAAAAAGUACAGAAUUAGUGGAAUUAAAGGUACUAGGUUAUUUCUUCCUUACUUCAACCAAAAGGUGAUCUUCGAUCAGCGACACGUUUAUCCUAUAUCCUGUAAGUAAAUCAUAUCUAUGAGCAAAAUUUUGUUCCAUAACAACAAAAAAUGAAUAAAGAAAUACGUAAAAAAGCAUUGUAUAAAAUGGAUGAAACAAACACAUUCGUUCAAUGAUUGAUCACCUACUGUUACUGUAUGAUGCGUGUCGAACGAUGUGGGUGAAUCUUAAUAGUGCUAAUAGAUAUAUGUACCUAAUGUUAUUAAUUAUUAAUUAACGAUUGAUUUGUAAUUAUAACGGGGCCACGGAAUUCUUGAGGCUCGUCGAGCGCGAGUCCGUUUGACAGUCUUUUCACGCGAUUGUCUUUUUUUUACGAUCUCGCGAAUCAACAUAACAUUUUUUAACGAAAAGGAAAGAAGGAGAAGAUAAUUGAAAUGAAUUAAUCAUCGAAACAUAGUUUAAUACGUGAUAUAUCUAUUCGAAGCCGUGGUCGCGACUCUCGCGAAAUACUCGAAGCCUCUUGCGUUGCGUGUCCACGCAGACCCUACUAAUAAACGCCAUAGUGAUCUGACAAUGAAAAAUAAUUGGUUGGAAUAAAUUACAUUUACAUUGAUAA